AAGUCAUGAUCCAUUUUAUCUUGUUUGAGUAUAUAAAAUAUCAUGGAACUUCAACCAUCAGCUUAAACUUUUGAUUGAGUUGGUUUCUUGACAUGGUAUCAGAGCCGAUAUCCCAAAUCAACCAAAAGCUUAAACUGGUGGUUGAGGCCCCAUCAUAUGCACUUUUUGAUUGUCAAAAUUAUGUACUAACCCGAAAAGUUGAACAACAGUUGAUGAUCUUGUUUUGGUUGGUGGCAAUAUGUGGUGAUCAUAGCCUAUGGCAAGAAGUUGUAGCUGUGCCAUGGCCUAUGACAAGGGGUGGCAGCUGUUCUAACGUAAUAGCUCGCCCUCAUCCUCGUCCAUACUCCGUCCCCAUUACUGAAUUCGGGGCAGUUGGUGAUGGCAUCACACUCAAUACUAAAGCCUUUCAGAAUGCUAUUGAUCAUGUUGCUGAUAAGGAUGGUGCCUUGCUCUACAUCCCACCUGGCCGAUGGUUGACAGGAAGUUUCAGCCUUACUAGUCAUCUAACAAUAUGGUUUCACAAAGACGCGACCUUACUAGGAUCUACGAACUCGGAUGAUUGGCCUGUCGUAGAUCCUUUACCGUCUUAUGGGAGAGGCAGGGAAUUGCCUGGCAGACGACACCAGAGUCUGAUAUAUGGACACAACAUUACGGAUGUCAUUCUAACUGGUGACAACGGAACAAUAAAUGGUCAGGGCGAGAUUUGGUGGGGCUGGUUUCGUAACAAGACCCUUAACUACACUCGGCCUCACUUGAUAGAAUUUAUCAACUCGACUGACAUAAUCAUCUCGAAUUUGACCUUUCUAAACUCACCCUUUUGGAACAUUCACCCCAUAUAUUGCAGCAAGGUGGUUAUCCAAAAUCUUACGAUUCGUGCACCUUAUGAUUCCCCCAACACAGAUGGUAUUGAUCCCGAUUCUUCAAACGAAGUUUGCAUCGAAGAUUGCAACAUUAGCACUGGGGACGAUCUAGUCGCAAUCAAAAGUGGGUGGGAUGAAUACGGGAUCUCCUUUGCUCAUCCAAGCACGAACAUCAACAUCUACAGGCUGCAAGGAGAAACUCAAAGCUCGGGGAUAACAAUUGGGAGUGAAAUGUCUGGAGGAGUAUCUGAAAUCUAUGUCGAAGAUCUCUUUGUUUAUAACACCAAAACAGCUAUUACGGUUAGAACAUCUGCAGGACGCGGUGGGUAUGUCAGAAACGUUUGCAUAUCAAAUAUGUCGAUAAUGAAUGUAACAACAGCCGUAUGGUUUAAUAGUCGGUUUGGAGAACAUCCGGAUGAGCGUUACGAUCCAAAAGCCUUACCUGUGAUCGAGAAUAUUACGAUCAAAGGUGUAGUAGGAGAUAACAUUAGUGUGGCUGGCCUAUUCGAGGGCAUAAAAGGGGACGAGUUUGUUGGUAUUUACUUAUAUAAUGUCACUCUGAACGUCACCUCAAACCCGCCAUGGAAUUGUUCGUAUGUGCAAGGAUACUCGCACUUGGUUUCUCCACCGGUGUGUGAACCGUUAAGAGAGUCCAUACUUCCAGACCAUUACUCAGAUUGUUAUCGCUAACAUCGAGGUGCUGAUGAGAUCAACUAAUUGAAGCACCUUUUCUCAUUUUCGAGAAUAUAUGCAGGAAAAAGGUUUUUCAUAAGUACGUGCUGUUUUCUUGGGUUGGAAUAUGGUCACUCAAAUAUAUCUACCAAUAAAGUGUGUAAUCUAACUUUAGCAUCUAGAACACAACUGUCAUAGUUUCUAUUUGAAUGCUAAGAAAGAAAUGAGAUACUAUUAAAUUUGGCAUAGCCAUCUUGAACA